AUGCGUUUCUUCGAGGUUGCCACUGUGGCUUUGACAGCUGCUUCCACCGCCUAUGGCGCCCCUAUGGAGAAGCGCGCUGCCGCCGUUGACGAGCUUGUUGGUUUUGGUGCUGGCACCACUGGAGGAGGAAGCGGAGCCGGUACCACUGUCACCAACUGCGCCGGCCUGACUGCUGCCGCCAAGGUCGGAGGUGUCAUCAAGAUCAAGGGUACGCUCACAGGCUGUGGCAUUGUUCGCUUCGACGUCCCCGGCACCUCCAUCCUCGGUGUAGGCAAGGACGCCGGAAUCACCGACGGUGGUUUCCGCUUCUACAAGACUUCAAACAUCAUUGUCCGUAACCUGAAGUUCCACCGUGCACCCGAAGGCAAGGACCUCAUCGACAUUGAGGCCACCACCAAGGUCUGGAUCGAUCACAACGACUUCUCCAGCGUUGGCAUCACCGGCGACAAGGACAAGUACGAUGGCCUCUUGGACGCAAAGUCUGGAUCCGACUUUUUGACUUUCUCAUGGAACAAGUUCCACGACCACUGGAAGGGUUCCCUCGUCGGCCACUCCGACAACAACGGAUCAGUAGACAAGGGCAAGCUGCGCGUGACUUACCACCACAACUCCUUCACGGCAGUCAACUCGCGUCUGCCGUCCAUCCGCUUCGGCACAGGCCACAUCUACAGCUCGUGCUUCAACGGCGGUGUUUCCGGCAUCAACUCGCGCAUGGGCGCCCAAGUGCUCGUCGAGUCCAACUCCUUCACCAACGUUGCCAAGUCAGUCGUUACCAACCUCGACUCUGACGAGGAGGGCUUUGCGACGGAGAAGAACAAUGUUUUCAGCAACAGCCCUACCCAGAUUACCAAGCAGGGCUCUUUCACCCCAAGCUACAAGUACACUGUUGACCCUGCGGCCAGCGUCUGCAGCAUCGUGGCCAAGAGCGCUGGUGUUGGUGUUGUCACCUUCUAA